AUGUCUACGAGAGCAGCAAUGCUCGCCCAGCAUUUCGGAAAGCACCCUCGACUAGCGCUACCGACCUCGCAAAUAUUGAGUUCGGACACGAUGGAGAGCCAGUCGUGUAAGCCUCGAGACCAAUCCAGCUCCCAGGACAAACAACAAGCCCAAGUCAUUGCACUGAGGUUCUAUGAUAAAGAAACUGUCAAAGUGGAUCGAAUAUCAGCAUUAACAUGUCAAGCCGAUGAAGUUCGCAUCCAAAUAGCAUACUGCGGAAUUUGCGGCUCUGAUAUACAUGAGUACCAGCAUGGGCCUCAUGUGGCCCCUGCUCAAGGCUCCAAGCACCCAUACUCCGGCGUCCAACUUCCGGUGAUCCUUGGGCACGAAAUGUCGGGCACUAUCGUGGAAAUAGGUUCAAAAGUUUCCGGUCUUCAAGUCGGACAGAGAGUCGCUGUCAACCCGUCACUGGAUGACCGGUCGUACGACGGAAAUCUGUGUCCGUCUUGCCAGCGUGGCCAGAUCAACAUCUGCAAACGAUGGGGCACAUACGGCUACAAUGCUCCGAGCGGAGGGUUUGCCACUGAAGCUGUGGUCAAGUCGUUCAACUGCUUUCCCAUACCCGAUAAUGUCCCGUUGAGUGUUGGCGCUUUGGCGGAACCUCUUGCUGUCGCCUGGCACAUGAUAAGAGUGUCGGAGUUCAAGAGAGGCCAGACAGCACUUAUACUAGGGGCUGGACCAAUUGGGAUAGCCAUUUUGCUUGGUUUGAAGAGUAUGGGAGCGAGCGUGGUGAUUGUAACUGAAAUAGCCGACGGCAGGGCUCGACAGGCUGCUACGUUCGGAGCCGAUAUUGUCAUCAACCCUUUGAAGCCGCAAUCAGGCGACAGCAAAAGAGGAGACGCGGUGACAGAGGCUGUGUCGUCGCUGACAAAAGACGGGGUUGAUGUCGCUUUCGAUGCCAGUGGCCUACAAUCCACUCUAGAUGCUGCAUUGGCGUCGACAAGGCCCGGGGGGACCAUUUGCAAUGUGGCAAUCCGUCAUGGGCCGGUGAAAGUGGAUCUGAAUGAGUUGAUCUAUCGAGAAAAACGCAUUGUUGGCGGAAUUUGUUAUACCACACAAGAUUUCAAGGAUGUCAUCGCUGCAAUGGGACAAGGUGAGAUUCCGUUUGAAGCAAUGAUAACUUCAAUCGUUCCAUUAGAGGAUGCUCAUGUCGGAGGAAUUCUCGAACUGAUCAAGAACAAGUCCAACCACCUCAAGAUUUUGAUAUCGCCACAGUCCUAA